AUGACGUCUGUCGACGGAGCUGAAGUUUCUCGCCAUUCAGACGAGACGUCAUGCUGGAUUGUCAUACACGGAAAGGUUUGGGACGUCACUGAUUUCCUGCAUGAGCACCCAGGCGGAACUGGUGUCAUCCUCAAGCGUGCCGGUCGUGAUGCUACAGAAGCCUACGACGAGGUCCACGAUGCCAGCCUCAUCGAAGAGACACUCCCCGCAAAACGUUGUGUUGGACGUCUGGCGGAUGGCACACUUAUAGGGAAGGAAGAGACAGUAAAGGAACCACAACCAGCGACAUCUCCGAUACCACCCCUCAAUACUAUCAUCUCCGUCGGCGACUUCGAAAGGGUAGCAGCCCAAUAUCUGUCUUCUGCCGGCUGGGCAUACUACUCCUCCGGUGCAGAUGACGAGUUGAGCAUUGCGGAUGCUCGCCGCCUCUUCGGCCGCAUCACGCUGCGGCCCAGAAUCCUCCGACCGGUGGAGCCCGUCUCGGCCGUGACAGAUAUCUUGGGAUAUCACUCAUCGCUUCCCAUUUAUCUCUCCCCGACGGGCCUAGGCAAAUAUGCACACAAGGACGCAGAGAAUAUCAUCGCUGCCAGCGCUGGAAAGGAAGGAAUCAUCUACUGCAUGCCAACGGGCUCAUCGCACCAAGCCAUCUUCAACUCUCGGGUGUCCUCCGAUCAGCCUCUCUUCUUUCAAUUGUAUUCCAAUCGGGACCCAGAACGCUCAAAGGAGCUGAUUCGCAAAGCCGAGCGCAUGGGUGCGGCAGCCGUGUUCGUGACGGUGGACACGCCUGUCCUUGGAAAGCGCGAGAAAGACGACAGGCUACGGGCGGCCGAAGGCGAUGACACGCUAGGAGACGAUGCCGGCGGCGUGGCCAAGGUGACCUCGCUCAGCCUCCUGAACCCCCUGUUGACGUGGGAAGACCUGAAAUGGAUGAGGGAUACGACCAAGUUGCCUAUAGUAUUGAAGGGUGUCCAGACAGUAGAAGAUGCCGUCAUGGCCUACGAGAGUGGUGUCGCCGGCAUUGUGCUCUCCAACCAUGGCGGACGGUCGCAGGAUACAGCCCAGUCCCCCAUCAUCACGCUUCUUGAGAUCCGACGAUACGCACCGCACAUCUUAGAUCGCUCCUCACGACACCGAUUCCAAGUAUUUGUUGAUGGCGGGGUGAGGAGGGGCACCGAUGUCGUGAAGGCGCUCGCACUGGGAGCCACGGCAGUGGGCAUCGGACGACCGGUCCUCUACUCCAUGUGUGGCGGUUACGGUGAGGCAGGGUUACGGAGAAUGAUAGGCAUCUUUCGUGCGGAAAUUCGGACAAAUAUGGCACUGGCUGGGGCUGCAAACGUGGAUGGGUUGGUGCCGCAAAUGGUCAACAGUGAGAGGGCUGAGAAUGAGGUGUCGAGGCGUGUUAAGCUAUAA